GGCGGCUAGCUCGAAACGGUGAAAUUCAUUAUGCGGCGAAAUUACCUUCGUUAACUAGUUUGACACGUCGGUUGUCGCGAAGUGUUAGAAUUAUAUGUCUUCUAACCUUCAGUCGUUCUUGUCAAGCUAGCUGGGGUUCAUUCUAAAUGCCAAAUGGCGAGUUCCGAAGCUAACAUCGUACACGGAGCGUCGAUGUGGAAGUCUUAUUUGUAUCAGUUGCAGCUUCAAGCUCCCCAGUCUAAAAGAAUAAUUUCAGAAUGUUCAACAGAUAAUAAACCAGAUCAUUAUGGCAGAGAAUGCCAUGGUAUGAUAUCAAGAGAGGAAGCCGACAGAUUAUUGGCCAAAUUUGGUGAUGGCAGUUACCUCGUUCGGGAAAGUCAAAGAUCUCCGGGAAGCUAUACACUUAGUUUAAGGUUUGGAGGCGUAACUAAGAAUUUUAAACUAUUCUAUGAUGGGAAACACUACGUGGGCGAUAAACGAUUUGAUACUAUACAUGAUUUGGUAUCAGAUGGGUUGAUAACCAUGCAUAUGGAAUCUAAAGCGGCUGAUUAUAUUGCGGUUAUGGUAUCAGAACCAAUAUAUGAACACCAUUCCAAGUAUACAACGCUAGAUGGAAGGAAAAGAAAACAAAGCGUAAAGAAAGAAGUGAAGAUUUAUGAUGAGUUCAAUAAAGCUAACAUAACAGUGAAAGAUGCUCCAACUAAACCAGAACAUAUUGAAGAAAUAGAAGAAAUAGUUCCCUCCUUAAACAUAAUGCCUUUGUCUUAUGAAAAACCACAUAAAUUUAAAGUUCAUAAUUUUGUUGGUCCAAACUGGUGUGAAUAUUGCGGUAAUUUCAUGUGGGGACUCAUUGCACAGGGUGUCAAAUGUUCAGAUUGUGCAUUAAGUACUCAUAAGCAGUGCUCUAAGUUGGUACCCCAUGAUUGUCAGCCAGAUAAACGACUUAUCAAACGAGUGUACAGUAUUGAUUUAACCACACUAGUCAAAGCACAUAAUACAACCAGGCCUAUUGUAGUGGAUAAAUGUAUCAAGGAAAUUGAAUCAAGAGGGUUAUCGGCUGAAGGUUUAUACAGGGUAUCAGGAUUCAGUGAUGACAUUGAAAUGGUUAGACAGUCAUUUGAUAAAGAUGGUGAAAAUGCUAGAAUUGGUCCGUCCGAUUAUGAUGACAUAAAUACAAUAACAGGAGCUUUAAAACUUUAUUUUAGACAACUUCCAAUACCUGUUAUUUCAUAUGAAGUCUAUCUAGAUUUCAUAACUGCUGUGCAAAAUCAAACUACGGAAGAAAAGUUAGAACUAAUGCAUAAAGCUGUACAUAAAUUACAAGAGUUAAAGCCUGCACACUAUCAGACGUUAAAGUAUAUGGUGAACCAUCUACACAGGGUAACUGAACAUCGCUCUAAAAAUUUGAUGGGGUCUGAGAACCUUGGCGUUGUGUUUGGACCAACAUUGCUUCGAUCACCAGAAGUGGAAUCGUUGGAAAGUCUGACAAACAUGAAAUUCCAGCAACAUGUGGUUGAGCUCCUAAUUGCCAACAAUAAUGUUUUAUUAGAUUUGUAA